AUGACUGGCAUGGCCAUGUGGAGUUGCGAUUUUGAAAACUGUGGCAAACCGUCAGUUCGCAUAUAUGGACAAUGCAUCAUCUGUGAUCGCCAUCUCUGCGCCAAACAUCUGAGCCCAAAAUAUCAUAGCUGCCCUAGUUGGGAAGAUGAACGGCUAUACGACCCUAUCGCUCAAGAAGCAGAGCAGAAGGAAAUUACGAAACUCUUGAACAAAAUCAACAUCCCAGCACUCCUCGCUCGAGCAAGCCAUUUGCGCCAAGGUGUUCGCUGCUCUUUACCGCAGUCGCUUCAGUAUGAUCAUGCAAAGCGUACCUCGGUGAUGGGCGGCAUGAAUUAUCAUAUCGAAAUCCAGUUUGAAGACGGAAUCAGCUGGCUCGCGCGCAUUCGAAGAUUUAAUGCCACUUCCCCGCCGCCAGAUAUUCGAGGCUACAUCUUGCGAAGCGAAGUCGCAACGCUUCAGUUUCUGAGCAAGACAAAAAUCCCCUCUCCCAAAGUAUUCGAUUAUAAUUUGGAGCAAGCGAAUCCUAUCGGCGUCGAAUAUAUCCUUAUGGAGAAAUUGCCCGGGAAGUCGCUACGAUGGUCUCUGACAACCACAGAACAGAGGAAGAAGAUUAUAAGCCAGCUAGCCGACAUUUACAUGGAACUAAAAGCGUUUCCGUUUGAUUCCAUGGGCUCUUUGGACCAGCCUGGCACCGACCAUGUGGGACCUUUUGCACGGGAAUCGUUAAUGGACUAUAUUGACUCGCAGAUGCGUACCCUUGGUCCUUUCACCUCUCGCCAAGAAUACAUUGUCUCAAGCAUACAAUUCACGCUGGAUCUCAUUAUCAGGGGAGAGUCAUAUGCUGAUCGAGCAAUUGAUGCAUUCUUGAUCCAUCGCUUCCCCUUGGACGCUGUUUCCGUGUUUCUACAUGCUAAACCUGAACCCGACCAGUUCUACUUGAGGCAUGCAGAUGACAAAGGUGACCAUCUCCUGGUUGACGAUGAUUACAACAUCACAGGAGUUGUCGACUGGGAAUGGGCGCAUACGGAUUCGAAAUCGGCAGCUUUCAACUCUCCAGUUUUGCUUCUUCCCGUGGCUGAUUUCUAUGACGGAAUAAAUCACCCCGGGGAGGAUGAGCUGGCCUUUGCCCAAUCAUUGGAAAAUAGAGUGCAUCCAGAUCUUGCCGAAAUUGUGCGAAACGGGCGGAUCCUUCACCGGUUUGAAUUCUGUUGUGGGUACGACCUUGCUGACUGGAAGGGUUUCCUCUGCCUCUUCCAGGGCCUCCGUAAAGCCAUUGACGUUGAUGGGGACUUGGAAUGGGAAACUUGGAAAGAAAAGGCUCUGGAGACAUACAAGAACGAUGCUCUACUCAAAGAGUUGAUGAAGCGGGAUCAUGCCGGCGUAGACAAAAUCCUCGACGAACUGGAGGUGGGCUUCCACCAGGGAGCUAUUCCUACUCCGGGUGGACUGAUUGAGAUCUUUUUAAGAUAUGGACGUCGAUUGAAAAGACUGUUCAUUAUUGUGGAUGCCAUUAAUGAAAGCCAGGAGGCUGAGUACAUGGCGGACGCCCUGCUGACUUUGCUACGGUCGUCCGACAACAUACAUCUCUUUGUGACCAGCACGACAACUCCAGCAAUACCGAGCGACAUUAAUGCUCAUAAAGUACAGAUGACGCCGUCCACGAACCAAGAUGAUAUUCGGGAUUUCUUGAGCACCCAAUUAGAAUCACGGUCGACUCUUCGCCGGUUGCCGUCACACAUCAAGCAUCAAAUUGCAGCUGUUUUGACAAAGAAUGCAAAUGGAAUGUUCCGAUAUGUGCAAUGCCAGCUGGACCUGCUGAGCGUGCAGCGAACAGGUAGAGACAUCAGCAAAGCCUUGGAAACCAUACCGGAGAGCUUGAAUAGCACUUACAAAUUCAUCCUUUGUCGGAUACCUCCUCACGAUCGCGAACUGGUCAGGGACGCGCUGCUUUGGAUCACAUACAGCCGAGAAGAGCUAUCACUGCCGGCGCUGACUGAUGCCCUGGCACUGCAGGAAGGAGACCGGCAUCUCGCCGACGAAUGUCGACUAUUCGAUCCAACCAUCAUCGUUUCCCUUUGCCAGGGAUUGAUAGUCUACGACGAGAACACCUCAACCGUCAGUCUUGCCCACUCUUCCGUCCAUAGCUUCCUCACGUCGGAAGCCAUCAAGAGGGGGCCCGCCGCAUUCUACAGUCUGAACGAGAUCGAAGCCACCCAACGCAUUUACAAGAAAUGCCUUACGUACUUGACGAUGGACGCCUUCCGCCAACCGUGCGCUGAUUUCGAGUCCCUUGAAAGACGCUUCUCCAGUUUCCCGUUGCUGGAGUACGCCGCCCAGAACUGGCCUCUAUAUUGCGGCUCUCGAGCACCAGCUGGAUUCAUUCUCCCGGGCCAAGAGAUAGAGGCCAUUCUGGGCUUCUUUGGCACCCAUCGCCUUCCGAAUGGCGGAAACUAUACGUCCUGGGUCCAAGUACUGCUACUGGAGGCCCCGGUGGACGCGUCUCUAGCAACAGAGCCACUUUACUAUGCUUCAUCCUUUGCAUUGCUACCCGUGGUAGACAAACUCAUCCAGAAUGGCGCCAAUCUUGAAUCGUACGGCGGCCGCAAUCACUCCACUCCGCUGAUUGUGGCAUCGUAUCGUGGCCACCUUGCAGUGGCCAAGCGACUGCUGAAGGCUGGCGCCGACCCAAAUGCGGUUGAUGCGAGUGAUAGGUCCAGCCUGGACUGGGCGAAACUCAGGGGAUGGCAAGGUGUCGUCGACCUUUUGUUGAUGAACGGUGCAUAUAACGUCAGACUCCCCCCGCCUAUUGGAGUUCUUGAAGCGGCGAGAGGAUGCUUUUGGCGUUGUGGUGUAUGUUAUUGCCGGGAUAAUGCGCAUUUGGCCGCCGGUCGCUGCUCAAUGUGCGGUCAUGUUGGAAUAAGAUACCACUAUGAUUAG